AUGAAACUCCUGAGACUUUUGAUGAAAUUGAGUCACAAAACCAUAAUCAUUGAAUUAAAAAAUGGAACAUAGGUCCAUGGAACAAUCACAGAUGGCUUUCCUCUGGAUACACUACUCACGGAUGUUGAGCCAAGGGUGAAAUCUAAGGGGAGAAGAGGAAGAGGAAGAGGAAGAGGAAGAGGAAGUGGUCCAGGUAGAGGAAGAGGGGGCCCUAGGCAAUAA